UAACACUCGGCGUGUCCAGCAGGGGGAGCCACUCGCCAGAACUCUCCGCCACACUACCGAGACAUGUGGCCGACAAUCCCUGAAAUCUGUGUUUGCUUUUCAGCCACAAACAACUUCAGCUCAGCGACGUGUUAGCACUUCCCGGGACGGAAAGUUUUGGAACCGAAGCACCGACUGGCGCGUGAGAGCCGAGCACGGCAGCACUUUAGUCCGUGGUGAUCAGGACAGCCCGGGGCUGGACAUGACGGGAGCUGAAAGCGGCGGCCAAGGGUCGCCCUCCGAUGGGAGCGACGGCGAGGAGGCCGAGCGAUGUCCGAUCUGCCUGGGUAUCCUGGCCCGAGGAGAGCUGGCCAUGCCCGACAGCUGCUGCCAUGUCUUCUGCCUGGGAUGCCUGCUGACUUGGGCGGAGUUGCAGAUGGUCCCCUCUUGUCCCGUGGACAGACGACCCUUCAGGAAUGUUUACAGAUGGGAUGGAGGUCUGCGCUGCGUGCAGGUUCCUGUGAGGAGAAGAGUAGCCGAAGCCGAGAGUGGUCCCAACACCCAACAUGAAGCCUGUCUCAAAAACAGCCUUAGGGAAAGGUCGAGGCGACAACAGGCAAAGACCACGGCCCAUUCCAAAACAAAAGGACUUGUGAGGAAAUGCAACGACGACCCAUCGUCAGUGAGCCGAAAAAAGGUGAGAGGAACAGAGUGCUGUGCGUGGCCAUCAUCUCCGUUCAUCUCAUUAACCACGUCAACGCCGGAGAUUGCAGAGCCCCUGUUGGUGACAGAGGACCUACUGUAUGAAAGCAAACAUCAGGUACAAGACUGCCCCUGGUUCUCUCCUGCUGCUCCCAUAACCGCGACUGGAACCUCAAGUUUCCUUCCAACUAAUAGUAACCACAGUACGUUUACAUUUGGCCGGUGUUCAUCUCCCGUUACCUCCACGCCAUCGUCUGGGCCGCCUCAUUUUGUUUUUCAGGGUGUGGUCUGCGCCAUUACUUGUCCUAAAGGAGGAGAGAAGCGAGGUGGACGGGCCUCAAACUCCAAAGCUCCCACCAAAAAAGCCGAGUCGCUGCCGUCCAGACGAUCGGGACGCAACAGUAAACCCCAGGCAGAACCGCCUGCGUCCGACCCGCCGUCCCAACCAAAGUCCAAUGUUUCCGACUCGGACUCAUCCGUCAGCCAGCCCUUCGAGCCAGGCCGGACUUCUCAGGUGCCUGCCAAAAGGAAAGGCAAGCAGGUAACAAACCGAAAGGCCAGCGGGAAGCGGAAAAACACGAGGAAAAAGCAGUCGUCUCAGCUUGUCGAAAGCCCAACUGCGAGUGAGGACGAGGAGGCCGACAGGGUUGUCGACGGCGCCGACAAGGAAGGAGAACAUGAUGAAAUGAAGGCUGAAAUUACCAACUCCAAGCAGACUUCUGAUGCAGAUGCAAGUCUCAACGCAGAUCAGGACGGUGUGGAAUCACCAGUCGGUGAUGCGGAACCUUUAGGCAGUGACGUGGAGCAGGGCGUGACUGAGAUCCGUGACAAAGACUCCGACGAUAAAGAGGCAGAUGAUUGUGACAGCCCCCCAUCUUGUUCCUCAAACUCUCCUCCAAAAAGCCCCGAGUCAUGCUCAGAUGGCAAACCGAGCACGCAAGAAGAUGAACCCCCUGCCAUUUCAAUUUCAUCUGGAGAAGAAGAUGGGAAGAUCACCACAUCGCCCCCUGAACCAGAGAACAUGCCGGAGAACCUGGCGUCUCCUGACAGCAUCAAGAUGACUGAACAGGAUGGUGAAAUGGAGGUUUGUGCAGGCUCCGAUGGAAGCAGCAAUGAAGAACAUUUGAAGGAACAGCAGGCAGAAGCGUGUGAAAGUCCCAAGGCUGCCGAACACACUGAGGAAAAGGUAAUCAGUCAAGAAUCGGAGGAAUCGGAUUCACAAACACUUGAAACCGCAGUGGAGCAGAAGUCAACUGAAGUGGACAUUUCAGCAGAAGCAAUCCAGGAUGACAAUGUCUCCAAAGAUGAUAAUAAUGUCAUUCCUAUGGACUGUAGCUCGCCCUUGAGCGAGCAUGGUAGCACGUCUGGUGCCACUUUAGAGGUAACAGAUGAGAGGAUUCAAUCAGCUGCUGCUGAAACUCCUUCCUCAGUCAAGGACGACCGUUCCAAGGACCAAGAGGAGAGAGACAGGAGCCAUGAAAGGAAAAAUGGCCGUCAGAGGCGCUCUCGCUUCCACUCCGCAACCUCCUCCUGGUCCCCAAAGCGGGACUCUAGGCGAGAUGCAUCGAGGCGCUCCCGUUCCAGAGACCGCGAUAGCAGCCCGCCCUACAGCCGCUCCUCCCGUCCUCGCAGCAGAGAAAGAGAGCGAGACAGAGAGAGUGACUACUCCAGAAGGGAUCGUAGUAAAGAGAGGAAUAGGAGGCGAUCCAGGAGUCGCUCCAGAUCCAAGUCACGGUCUCCCUCCAGAACAAGAUCUUACAGGCGCGAGUCCAGCCCUGAACGCCCGCCCUCCAGAGAUCCGUCUCCCCAGAGGAAAGACCGACAGGGUGGCUGGCGGUCAGGUCAGGGAAUUGGAAAUGGCAGCGAGGGACGGCGGUAUCAGGGAGGCGCCGGCCGCUUUGAAAACGGCCUGCCCUCCGAAGCUUCCCCCGAACGCCGGGGCUGGUCGGAGAAUCCGGACUGGGUUACAGAAAAGGCUCGCAGCGAUGCCGAGAGCAGGAACCGGGAUUUUGGUGGUGGAUUCCGCUGGGAAGAUCGAGGGAACGGUGGGGAAUCGAGGGGCCGUGGAAGCUAUGAUCGUGGCAGGGGAACAGGAAGGGGCGGCGGUAACCGCGGCUUCCACAACCAGCAUGAAGAUGACAACCGCAGGCAGCCACGAAACAACUCAGGUACAGGCAACCAUUCAGGUAACGAUGCCUACAGCCGCUUCAACGAGAAUCGCGGCGGCGGCCGUUGGAAACAGGACUCGGACACUGGCGACUCCAUGCUGGACCGUUCAGGCUGGUCAUCAGCGUCCAGCUGGGCGGUCCGGAGGACACUUCCUGCAGAUGUUCGGGAUUAUUACUCCAAGAGGGAGCGUGGGGGAACCGGAGGUUGGAACAGAACUGAGGAGGAGCAACCGGCAACAGAUGCGCCUAAAAGUGACCCCGCCCUCCAGGCCGUACCAGGCAACGCUCCGGCGCCCGUGCUGACCGCAAUGCCGCCACCGCCGCCUCCUCAGCUCAACGUCCUCCAACAUCACUUCCCACCUCCAGGACCUCAUGGUCCCCUGCCGGUCAGCUUGCAGCCGGCGGCGCCGUACGCCAUGCCCCCUCCGGUCCCUGUGCACCUCCACCCGGCCGUGCCGCUGAUGCAGAUGCCCGGCGUUGGUGCUCAGGGCCUCCCGCCACCGCCUCCGCCGCCCCCGCCGAUGCAGCAAGGGGGCCAGACGGCUGCAGCUCCUCCUGACGUCCACACACAGAUGGCGAAUACUUACGGAAAACCCGGCCUGCUUCCUGCUCCAAACAGAGUAGCUGUUGCCAUGGCAACCCAUGGACAGCAAGCAGUCAGCCACGUGCAGCCGUCAUCUACAACGCAGCCAGGCCAGCACAGCAUGGCCCAGGCUGACGGCUCCAAAAAAGAAAAGAAACAACAGAUCCAGGAGAAAGCAGUCAAUGAAGUGAGGAACGCCAUCAAACCUUAUUACCAAAACAAGGAAAUCACCAAGGACGAGUACAAGGAGAUUGUCCGCAAAGCAGUAGAGAAGGUGUGCCACAGCAAGAGUGGGGAGGUGAACGCAAGUAAGGUGGCCAACCUGGUGAAGGCCUACGUAGACAAAUACAAGCACGCGCGCAAAAAGUGAAGUGUCGCCCCAACGCGGCGCCCAAGUGCAAUUUCCUCCCGCUGGAAAUCAGCCUCCAAACUCAACUCUGACGGAGAGCCGUGAUUUCUUUUUUUUGAUAUCGCUACCUUUUAUUGAACUACAGUAUAUAGAUUGUUUUCUAUAGAAUUCCAUAUUUUGUUAGAGGAAAAGAAACAACAAAAAAAAAAGACCCAAUCAAAAAUUGUAAUGCAAGAGCCCUUUAUUUUGACCUGCAGAACUACUGUAAGGAGAGCGGGGGGCCGGGGUGGGAGGGGGGGAUUCCAUACAAAAUGCACCGCCGCGUAAAUCAUGCCCGCUUUUAUUGUCUCUGGCUGUACGGAAUCCUGAUUGUGAAAAUAUUUUCUUUAAAAAAAAAAAAAAAAAAGUAUAUUCUAUAAUAUUUCAAAUCGUUUAAAAGCCCGGUCACCGUCUGCUUGAGCGCCAGGAUAUCCAAUCAGUAGUGAGUGUGUCGUUUAAGAGGGCACAAACCAUGGACCGAACCCCACCCCCUACCUGGAUGUGUAGUGAAAGUCAUCGCAUUGUCCAGAGAGUAGUGAAAUAAAGUAGCUGCUUCCUGA